AUGUCGACUAAUAUUCAUAAUCAGACUAUCUCAUCAAGUGGAACUGUUCUCACUGUAACAAGACCAGUCUCAAGUCAGAGUGGAUCAAAUCAACAGCCACAGAUAUUGUCUGUUGUGUCUAAUCCAAGUAACCAGGCUAAUUUUUCACAAGUUGUUUUAACACCUAGUCGACCAGCAUCUAAUACCGUUACUGUGACACCCGCCUCUGUAUCAGCUCUUAGUCACCAAAGAGGAUCACAACCUCGGGUAAUCAAUUUAAAUCAACCAUUAAGGUUGGGAGGUCAGAUCCUCACUAGACCGACCAUGACUCUCAAUCAGAACUUUCCAGUGGCUAGAAAUACAUUCAUUAUUAGAGAUGGUACAUUACAAUUUCUGAAUAUGAAUCACAAUUUAACUCAAUCAAAUCAACCACAGACCCUUAGAUUACAGACUAUGCAUCCAGAAGUGGCAAUUGACAUUCCACCUCCAUCCUCACCAAGUGGACCAAACACUUUGGAGCUACUACAACGAACCACCGAACAGGCUCUUCAAAAUACUAUGCAGAGAAGUUCAUUUCUAAUGAACGGUCUAAGUGACCUGGAGGGAGCCGAUUUUCUCAAAUUUCGUAAAGAUGGCAAAGAAAGUGAUUCCAAUUAUCGGCAUCGUUGUCGAUUCUGUGGUAAAGCUUUCGGCUCCGAUUCAGCCCUACAGAUACACAUUCGUUCACAUACCGGAGAAAAACCUUUCAAAUGUAAAGUUUGUGGUAACCGUUUCUCCACCAAGGGUAAUCUUAAAAUUCACGCUGAAAGACACACCGAUAAAUACCUUAGACUCUCCAAUGGUGAUUCUGAGGGAGAAGAUGAGAAAACCAAUGAUGGAACCUCUCAUCAUGGUGCUAACAAUGGUCAAUCUUAUGGCAAUAAUAGUAAAGUGGGUGAUGAAUUUGGAGAGGAAGAUGAAUCAAUGUGCUCAUCAACCAAUGGUGGUAAUCAUCUGAGUAAAAUGAACUUAGAUCCAUUCUCAUCUGAUGAUGAAUCAUCUGAUCCUCAUCAUCACAAUAAUCAUAGCAACAACAACAAUAAUAAUCAUCAUCCCUUACAACCACUUCAUCGAUUAUCAUUCAGUGGUUUACUAAAUCCUUCUGCAACCGCAUCAACACCAACAACCUCUAAACUACCGACAACCUUAUCAACCGGUUCGACAGUGACCCCACCUUCAAACCCUUUUCUACCUCCAAGUUUUGCAUCCUCCUUCCCUGGGGGCAUGUUCUCCACCCUUGGUCUUACACCAUUCGGACCCUUUACCCCGACAACGGCAAAUCUAACCGUUGCUGGACUUCACCUCAACAACACAACGACAACCACCCUAGCCAACAUCACUACCAACAACAAUGACACAAUUUUAUCAUCUCGAGCAUCAGUUGGCUCAACCUCCAAUAAUAAUACCUCAACACCACCUCCACCACAGCCAAUAGUUACCGAUGAUGAUGAAGAUAAUGAUAAUGAAGAAGAUGAUGAUGAUAAUAAUGAUGAUCAUCAUCACCAUUCCUCCUCCAAUCAACCACCCAAAACAUCAACACCCGAUUUAAAUUCAUCAACAUCAAAUCAUUCAACAAUUACAACACCUUCAGGUCUUUCGCUGUCAACAACAACAACCACUACACCCAACAAUAAUAAUAACAACACUUCAACAAUUACCACCGCUGGGUCGGCCUCUCCGUCAACACCUCCGCCGCUCUCGACAACACCAAGUGGCAGUUUAGCACCAACAGAUACACUAGGAGUCGCUGCACCGGAUCCAAACUUUUAUCAAGAUUUAUUACCCAAACCUGGAAGUGCUGAUAACUCAUGGAAAAGUUUAAUGGAGAUACAAAAAGCAUCUGAAACUCAUAAAUUACAACAAUUAGUUGAUAACAUUGAACAUAAAUUAAGUGAUUCAAAUGAAUGUGUAAUCUGUCACCGAGUACUUUCCUGUAAAUCGGCGCUUCAAAUGCACUAUCGGACCCACACUGGUGAGCGACCCUUCAAGUGUGAAAUUUGUGAUCGCGCUUUCACCACCAAGGGUAACCUUAAGACCCACAUGGGAGUUCAUCGGGUUAAACCUCCGCUUCGAGUGCUUCAUCAAUGUCCAGUGUGUCACAAACAGUUCACUAAUGCAUUGGUACUGCAACAGCACAUUCGUUUACAUCCCGUUCAUUUACUUGCCUCUGAAGUUAAUCGAAGUGGAUCUUCCCGAGUUUCCGGUGGUGAAGGUCCAGGGGGAGGUGGUGGUGGGGUUGAUGGUGGUUCUCCGGUGUUACCUCCUUCUUUUCAUCAUCAUUCUCAUCAUCAUCGUUCACCUUUAAUGUCUCCCGCUGCAGCAGCAGCGGCGGCUGCUGUUUCCGGAGUAACGGGUAAUCAUUAUUUACCAAUGAAAGAUAUGAUUCUAUCAUUGGCAAACUCAUCUUCCGCCUGUGGUGCUCUUGACUUGACCCCACGAAAUGGUUCAUCGUCAUCAUCUGGUGUUCCAGCGGCUGCGGUGGCCGCUGCUGCUUUCGGUAUGAAUCCAGUUAAUGCGUUAGGAUUACGUUUACCAACAUUGUCUUCGUCCUCGCCUCGAUCACCACGAUCAUCUCCGUCAUCUUCAUCAUCCAUUCGUUCAGUAUCACCAUCAUCAUCUCUUGCACCUUCACCUUUAGCACUUUCAAAUUAUAAUCAGCACUCUCAUCAUCAUAAUUUACGCUCAUCAUCUCACCGAUCUUCACCUUCUCGUCACAAUGUGACCCCUCCAAAUACAACAACAGUUUCAAAUGGGUCGUGGGUAAACACCUCCCCAAUGGAAGAGGCAUUAAUGCCUAAUCCUCCCUCUGCAUCAUCAACCAGCGGUGCUUUAGAUUUAACUCCCAGAAAUGGUUCGGAGAGAGGUGGAAGCAGUCGAAGGCCAGAUUCACCUCGAUCAUCACCUUCACUUUCCUCAGCUCGGACUCCAUCACCCUCCCCCUCAUCAAUAUCACCCUCACAUCCACUAGCUUUAGGACUUCACCAUUUACAACACCAACGAAAUUUAAAUUCAUCAACACCAAACUCCCUUCCCUUAGGUGCUUCCUCAUCUUCCGCUGCCGCUGCUGCUGCAGUUGCCGCUGUAGCCACAGCAGCAGCUCAAGCUUUAGUAGCUAAAUCACCACUCUCACCUGGAGCGGGCUCAUCUAAAUCUGGCUCAAAUGGAGCUCCAGUUGCGACUAAGCAAGGAUCAUCCAAUACAAAAGACAAAUAAGGUUAAAAAUUUGAUCCAAAGCCUAAUUGAUGGAGUAAUCGAACCUGAUGAAUUUAUUGUGGAAUUACAAAGUGAGCUUAAUUCUUCUCCUCAACCGUGUCUUUUAUCAUUUCUUAAGAAAAGUUUGCCUUAUCUUCGACAUUCAUUAAUGGUACACGAGACGGCGAUCGAUGGUGUCCGACCUCCUCCCCCUGGGUCAGUCCAAUUACCUUUACAACCGCAAUCACUUUCCCAAAACACCUUUCAGCUCGCUCUACAAUCUAGUCAAACAUCCAUCCAUGAUGGUGAUCAAGUUGAUUUGAUGCUGCAGUUGAUUAUCAAUCAAUUCCAACGAUUGAAUCCCCUCGGAAAUUGAGAAAGAUUAAAAAAUCUAAAUCAAGUGAAACCAAAUUGGAUCCAUUGAUACCAUUGUUGACCCAAAUUGCUGCUAAACGAAAAUAAAUCAAAAUAGACUAACAAUCAGUAUUAAUAUAAUAAUACUGACCAAAUAAACAAAAUUAUCUCCCUCAAA